AUGACUUGUAGUCCAGAAGACAAUGGCCACUGCACUUCAUUGUAUUCAGGAUUAGGCAAAUUUGAACCAACAUUAACCGCAUUUAGAAGACUUCAUCCAUCUGCAGAGUUUUUUAUGUGGGUAUUCUCAAUUCUGUCCGGCAUUUACAUCAUUUUCUGGGCAAUCCAAUCACUUGCAAACUCACACAGGUACAAGGGCAGCACAAACAGCAAUAAUUUAAGGAACAAGCUAAUCAGAUGCAUAAUACACCAAAAGAUAUUUGAAACAGAAGAAGAAGCCCAAAAGGCUGUAGAGGCCUCUAAGCUCAUAAGUUAUACGUGCUUAAAGAGCACAGCAGAUGAUACCCAGCAAUUACUUGAAGACUCUGAGCCAACACCAUCUGAUCAGACAACAGCACUUAGCGAAUCAACAAUAUCCAAAGAACCAACACCAUCUGAUCAGACAACAGCACUCGACGAAUCAAUAACACUUGACCAUACAACAAUAUCUGACGAACUAACAAUAUCCAGUGAAUCAAUAACAUCUGAUCAGACAACAAAACCUUCUAUGCACUUUAAAAACCUUAAAGAUGCUUCUAAAACAAUCCUAAGAAUGAAAAAAAGUAAAUCAAUAAAAUUAAAGAAUAGGUUCAACCCAAAUAAGGCAGUCAAAUACAACUUUACAUCUGAUGAAAUCACGAUGAUUUCUGAUGAACUUGACAAACUGUAUGAGGUAGACUUAUGGCUAUACAAUAAGAUAUAUGCUAUACCUGCCUUUAUAAAUGCGCUUAUACAUAAAGUAGGAGUGGCCUGUAUAAUCAUGACACUUUUUAUUUUCUCUUAUUAUAUACUGCCAAUAUGGCUUAUACGCACGGGGAUAUACGUAGAGAUGAAUAAAACAUCAUUAUUUUCAGAAAAUAACUAGAUAAAGCACUUGCUAAAUCAAAUGAGAUAGAAAGACUGGGAAGGAAUGUAAUUCAUAAAAAGUUACCAGAUAAAACAAUAUAUCCAUUAGAACAAGAAUUCAAUAACCGCAGAAGAGCGUAUAACAAUCUAUUAAAAGUAUGCCAAAAUAAAGCCGUACGAACAGAUGAUUGUGCAAAUGACUAUGUUUGCUAUUGUAAUAGGGAAAUUAGUUAAUUUAUGUAUUUAAAUAAUGCAUGAAGCGUAUUACACACAGAAUUAUUUAAAGU